AUGGGGCUACCCGGUCACAUGCGUAUCCAAGACAGCGAGAUUCACCGCAGUAUCGACACACCUUUGACACCCACCAUGACUAGCCCAGUCAGCACCCCAUGGUCCAGUGUGGCCACUGCCAGCAGCCCCAUCAGCGCCACCACCACCAUCAUCACCGCUGAAACCGACUCUGACUCUCCCAACCUGUCCUGCCAACACUGCCCCUGUGCAUUCACUUCACACAUCGGCGUGGUCUGUCACUUGCGAAUUCAUCUCACAGAGAAUGCCAACCCAGUACCUGGAACAUCCACAUACAUCCGCCGCAUCUGCCUCAACUACGCUCACUGGCCUCGCACAUUCAGCUAUCUCAUGGGUCUAUUAGUUCAUAUGCGCAUCCACGGAGACCUGCGAUACACAACCGCCGGCUACACCAUACCAUCACACCUUCUCCCACCAGCGCCUGCACCACACAUCAGCAUCACCCGUCCCUACACGACGCCAGCGCUCGACUGA